GUGGUCACUGGUCCAGCAACAGCACCAGCUAGCUACAUAAGCACAGAGACAAGACAUGGCCAGGGACUAUGCCCAUGAACUGCAGGCAGUUGCCGCUCUACAGGCUAAGCUACAGGGACAGAUUGACUUGCAUCGUCAAGAGGCCGAACAGGCAACGCGCUCAUCGUCUGCUAGCAAUGAUGACAAGACUGCUCCAUCUACGCUGAGCGACGCACAGCUUGCUGAACAGAUUGUAGGGCUGCUUAAAGCUCAAGACGGGCUGCUCAAUAUCAGACCGUAUGUGCAAGCUAUAGCUACACUGCACAAGACAAAACGAGACUACGAUGCGGCUCCAGAUGCACACGGCAAACUGACUUGCUACCAUGUCCUGCAAGAGGCCUCCGAAUCACUGCCAGAGUCUGACUUGAAGGAACGCUUGCAGAGCAAGUAUCAGACUCAAUCAGAUGAGUGGUGGCAAGCAUCACAGCAAGAUGCGCGGAAGGUGCUGACGGAUGCCCUCGCCAAGGUCGAAUGGCCUGCCGAAUUGUCUGACUCGGCUGCGACGUCAUUGAAGCAGCCCUUGGUAGAUACGCUAUCAUUACACAAGGGCCAAAAAGUCCUGUCCCCUGUCCUAUUGCCGUUUGAAAUCAUGGCAGCACCAGUCAAAGCACGAUUCCUAUAUCACUUUAGCUCACGGCGGGCAACAAACCGAUUGGACAAGCCAGAGUGGUUUCUGCAACACAUCUUGGCUGUUUUGGAUCUCCACUACGUCUAUUUGCAGAGAGAAGUGCAGGGUUUGCUCGACGAAGAACUACCUGACCAUGCCCUGUCUGCAUCUCACGAAAUGAUCAGAGCAGUGCUGCCUAUCGUCGAGGACAAGAUCACCACGUCUCAAAAGAUGCUGCUCCAAAAGCCAGAGCUCCUCUCUCACUUCAUCGAAGAGACUUUUGCCUUUGACGAACGUCUCCGCCUCGAUUUCGGUUUCGUCAACCGCGACUUGUCGCCCUGGCUCGGAACGACCAACACAGUUUUGUCGGCCGAUGUCUUUGACGCGUGGCUGACGUUGGAGCAAGAGUUCGCCGAGACCCGCUUCCGCGAGCUCAUUGAAGCAGAAGAUGCCUGGGAGAUUCCUGAGGCAAAAGACACAAUGACUGACGGUGCGAUAGAGGUGCGCGCCAAUGCGUCAAGCAGGCAGCUCGAUGAUCUGCUGGACGGACUCACGCAGCGUUUCACGCCAGUCGCAGAUACAGAACAGCGUCGUCGAUUCGUCGAGAGUCUACCACAGAAGCUGCUCCUGUCCUACCAUGAUCGGAUUCAAGAUUCGACUGAGAUCUUUGAGGUCAUGACAAGCGGAUUCUCAGGCGGCUUCCCCUCUGCAGAUGUCGCCGGCAAGACAGGCCUUCAGCGAUUGUGCAGACAAUUGUCAGGGACUAGCAAUGUGCUCAUCAAGCUUAAAGAUAUGGCUGAGGAUCCUUACUAUCUCUCCAUCAUGCAUGCGGACGGAACUGGCUGCCUGGAUGCCUUGAUGAAUCAGUACAACAACUUGAAGCAGCGCAUCGAGCAGCUUAUAAUUACGCACCUUGACAGGGAGAUUUCUGCCCAGCUCAAGGUCUUUUGUCGCAUUGGAACGUGGUCGUCAGAGGAGACACCGCAAGCACAAAUUGCAUCCUCCAGUCAGACCUCCCCACAGCUCAUUUCGACAUUUGCACUCAUCAGAGAACUCUUUGGUUAUCUCUCUGGCGUUUGUUCGCCAGUCUUGCUUCACAGACUAUAUCGUGGGGUAGCAGAACGCAUUGACACGACCUUGUACAGUAAGAUUGUGCUCAAAAACAACUUUAGCAGGCGCGGUGCAUUGCAAUUGACGCGGGAUUUAUGGGAGAUCUGGGCCUCCUUUGCUCAUUAUGUAGCGAGACCUGAGCUUGGUAUGCGACAAUUGUUGGACGCGCAGACUGUGCUCUCGGAGACGGCUGCACCGCCUGAAGAGGGUCAGGCGAGCAAGGCACGCGCAAAGAGGGAGUGGCAGACCAUGGUGCAAGUGGAGGUGGCCAACAGAUUGCUCUACUAGCUACACGAGGUCCAUAAGUCGCACAAUGCUCGCCGAACGCUUGAAGAAGUCAAAGAAAGGUCAGCAGAGUAAUGCCUACUUGCGUCUCUUGAAGUUGUCGAUGAACUCGUCUUUGUAGACACGCGCAAAGUCUGAUAACUUAGAUACCGCACCUACACAGUCAGCAAAUCAGGCA